AUGGCCGACAAAGCCCACCCAGAACAAACUACGCAGAAUACCACCAGCAAAUAUCUCACACAAGAUAGACUUCAGGAAAAGCUGGAGAGGCUGUUUCCUGGACAAACUGAAUUCAAUAUUCGAAUGAGAGAGGAUCAAUGGACCUUCACGGCACCAAGGAUUGUGAGCGAUGUGAGUAUUGAGAGGAGUGUUAUACCAUCCACCAUAGCAAGUUUGUGGCUGAUAGAUAUUCGUUCCAAGGCUGAAAUCGAGUAA